AUGUUUUUGCAGCAAGAGCUUCAAAGAACUGGUGCGUUCUGGAGGAGGAUUGUAGACUACUACAACGCAAGCCCUCAGCUGGUUGGGACAAUACCUAGAGAGGUUGGUCAGUGCAAGCAAAGAUGGGCUAGGAUUAACGAGCAAGUGUCCAAGUUCGUUGGAUGCUAUGAUGCGGCUCUGAGGGAGCAGAGAAGUGGUCAAAAUGAUGAUGAUGUGAUGAAAGCUGCACUAGACUACUUCUACAAUGAUCACGGUUACAAGUUCACCCUGGAACAUGCCUGGAGGGAACUGAGGCAUGACCAGAAAUGGUCCUCUACCUAUCUGGCUAAUCACGGUGGGAAGGAAAAGCGCAAACAAGUGCUGGAGGUAGACACAGAAGAUGAAGUGGGAGAACCAGAGGCUAGACCUGUGGGGGUCAAGGCUGCUAAAGCUGCUACUAAGAGGAAGAAGAGUGGUAAAGAAGAGGAGUUGUCACAGAUACAUGCCAUCAUGGAAAUGAAAGAAAAACUCUCUAAACAGAAACUGCUCGACCGUUUACUUGCCAAAAAAGAUCCACUCACUGAGAUGGAAACAUCUCUUAAACUCAAACUUAUGUCUGAGAUGUUAUGA